UCCACCUUGCUUCUUCUUCUGUUGGUCUUUCGUCGAUUAGAGUCUACUGUCUCUGGUUUCUUAAUAGGCCAGACAAUAAUUGCUUCACCUGGGAUUAAUUGAUUCCUCUAUUGAUAAAAAAUUUCUCUUAUUUAACGGGUGUGACAUGUUUCUUUGCCUUGAUCUUCGUUAUAUUUAUUUGCAUCCAGUGAAUGUGUUGUUUUUUCCCCCUGGCUUUACCAGGCAUCAUCCAAUGUUUGGAAUAAUGUGACAUAUUACAAAACUCCAGCCAUUUUAUGUAUAUCCACGCAUAUGUAUGGUACAUUUUACAUUUUUUAGGCUUAUAAGACACGGUCCUUGUUUCAUGCUUGUGGACCUAGAGAAGUACAAGCUUGUAGGGUGGCUUUUUAGUAGCUCAUCUUCCCUUUGUUGACGCAGCUCGGAGAACCUUGCCAUAAGAUAAAGGAUUUAAAUUAUGGCCACCCCUCCCACUAGAAUAGGACUUGCUGGACUGGCUGUGAUGGGUCAAAAUCUGGCUCUUAAUAUUGCUGAGAAAGGCUUCCCUAUUUCUGUUUACAACCGAACCACAUCCAAGGUUGAUGAGACUGUGGAACGAGCUAAACAGGAAGGGAAUCUCCCUGUAUAUGGCUUCCAUGACCCUGAAUCCUUUGUCAAGUCCGUUCAAAAACCUAGGGUUGUAAUCAUGCUUGUGAAAGCUGGGGCACCUGUUGACCAGACCAUUAAGACCCUAUCUAUGUACAUGGAGAAAGGUGAUUGUAUAAUUGAUGGGGGUAACGAAUGGUAUGAGAACACUGAGAGGAGAGAGAAAGCAAUGGCUGAACUGGGUUUGCUUUACCUUGGGAUGGGAGUUUCAGGUGGUGAGGAGGGUGCUCGAUACGGUCCCUCUUUGAUGCCUGGUGGUUCUUUUGAGGCUUUCAAAUAUAUAGAAGACAUUCUUUUGAAGGUGGCAGCUCAAGUUCCUGACAGUGGUCCUUGUGUGACAUAUAUUGGUAAAGGUGGAUCUGGUAAUUUUGUGAAAAUGGUCCAUAAUGGAAUUGAAUAUGGGGACAUGCAGCUGAUUUCUGAGGCUUAUGAUGUACUGAAGUCAGUUGGAAAGCUGUCGAACAAGGAACUACAUGAUGUCUUCUCUGAAUGGAACAAGGGAGAGCUUCUGAGUUUUCUUAUUGAAAUUACUGCAGACAUAUUUGGAAUUAAGGAUGAUAAAGGAGAUGGAUAUCUAGUUGACAAGGUUCUUGACAAAACUGGCAUGAAGGGUACUGGCAAGUGGACUGUUCAGCAAGCUGCUGAUUUAUCAGUUGCUGCUCCCACUAUUGAAGCUUCUUUGGAUGGUAGGUUCCUUAGUGGGUUGAAGGAGGAAAGAGUUGAAGCUGCGAAGGUCUUCAAAUCAGGUGGCUUUGGCGAUAUCUUGACUGAUCAACCUGUAGACAAGAAAAAUUUGAUCGAUGAUGUCAGGCAAGCUCUCUAUGCUGCAAAAAUCUGUAGUUAUGCACAGGGAAUGAAUCUAAUUCGUGCAAAGAGUAUUGAGAAGGGAUGGGAUUUGAAGUUGGGAGAACUAGCAAGAAUUUGGAAAGGAGGUUGCAUCAUAAGAGCAAUAUUCUUGGACAGAAUCAAGAAGGCGUAUGACAGGAACCCUAACCUUGCAAACCUUCUUGUGGAUCCAGAGUUUGCAAAGGAAAUAAUUGAUAGGCAAUCUGCCUGGAGGAGAGUUGUAUGCCUUGCUAUCAAUUCUGGUAUCAGUACCCCAGGCAUGUCUGCCAGUCUUGCCUAUUUUGAUACAUACAGAAGGGAAAGAUUGCCAGCUAAUUUGGUGCAAGCUCAGCGAGACUACUUCGGCGCUCAUACAUAUGAAAGGAUUGAUAUAGAGGGGUCUUUCCAUACUGAAUGGUUCAAGCUUGCCAAACAGUCGAAAAUUUGAGAUUAUUGGUAUUGAAACCUGUCAGAAUUCCCAAUAAAUGUAAUGUUUUCUCCUCUAGACUGUCUGUUGAGUGGGGAUUACAUAACUGCUAUAUGAUGAAACUAUUUUAUUAUGUUCAUUUGGAGUGUUUGGUUUUUACAUUUUCAACUAGUUUAACAUGUCAAAGCUGGUCCUGCUGGAAUUGUGCUUUUCUGAAAUUGGCUCAAUUUAUGUUGCCUUUUGUCCAUUCUGCGAAGAUUUCCGCAGCCCAGCCAACUAUGUUUAGUAGGUCACUGUACGAGUUGAAACUUUUUUAUUAUUUGAUGAUGAAACCUUGGCUUGAUAUUGCUUUGAACCAGAAUAAGAAUCUUUGGACCAAGUACGUGGACAAUGAUAUGGAAUUUGUGCAGAUGUGCAAAUUUGGUCCCUGGUUGAGUUAACCAGAUGCUUGAAGUGAAAAUCCAUGACUGUUUACUGUGUUUCUUCAGAAUUUUGGAUCUCAUCACAACAGCCCUUCAGAGCAAAGCUUUAGCUAAAAAUUGGAUUGGAAAAUGUACACAUAGUAUGAUUCUUUUUAUUUGAGCCUCUUCAGUAUUUCUGUAUCUGCUGAUGACAAAGCGCAACUCUUUACCUUUGUUUUAAUGCUCCUCCAACAUGGGCAUUCUUGUUUGCU